GCAACGAAGAUGGUCAACAUCGGCCAGUGACGCUUGACAGAUAAUACGAGACGGACCAGUUGUAUUAUUUCUUAAGGAAUAUAAAAAUCAAAAAUGAAGAUAUUGUGUGUAUUUUUAUUAGCUGCGUUUCUUACAACCGAUGUCUUCGGAUUAAAUCUUAGAAAUAAGAGACAAGCAGAAACCAAUAACAACAAUUUGGAAGACAGAUAUGGAUUUAUGUUACCGCAGUGGUAUCCAACGCGAUUGCCGCCCCAGUGGAAUACGCCGCAGAUGCCUGACAGAAGGUUUCCUGGCCAAACGUCUAAUUUCGGACAAAACCCUUACCCAAGAUUUUACCCUGACCCAAGUCUAUACCCUGGUCUAGAAAUGUAUCCUUACCCAGGACCGUACCCUAACCCAAUGUUUCCCAAUCCACGACCUUUUCCUAACCCACAGUUUCCCAAUCCACCACCGUAUCCUAACCCACAGUUUCCCGAUCAAGGACAGUUUGUUUUCCCUGGAUCUAUCCCUGGUGCGGUACCUAACCCUGGACAAGUACCUAACCCUGGACAAGGACUACUCCCCGGAUCUCUCCCUGGUGCAGUACCUAACCCUGGACAAGUACCUCUCCCUGGAGAAGUGUCUCCGCCUGGACAAGGAAUACUACCAGAUCAGACACAACAGACAACUCAAAACCCAAUAAAUGGGACCACAACACCAGCGGCGAGCGACCCCACUAUCGACGACUGCAUUGCCAACUGCCCCGUGACCGCGGAAUACAACCCUGUGUGCGGCACAAACAAUGUCACCUAUCCAAACCCAGGGCGCUUGUACUGUGCUCAGGCUUGUGGAACAAAUGUGAACCUAUUGCGGUCAUCACCGUGUCCAGCCACGACAGUCGCCCCGCCUCCAUCGUGAUCUAGUCCUUAAUGUUACUUUGUAAAAAUUUCUCUAUUAAAAAAGUUUUAUUAAGAAAGCAAUAAAUAAAACUCGACUAAAACCACUAAGUCUUAUUCAAGUUUUGAUGGUCAAAAAUACAUGGAUGACAUUAUC